AUGCUUACGUUAUGUCCAGGGGUUUGGGGCCAGACUCCCCUGAUGGACAGUGUUCUUUGUGGCUCUAACGCUGAGAUUUCGAAGUUCUUGGAGCAUUUGGAGUGCCUUGAAGGAAAGAAUUUUCUCGGUCAAACAGCCUUUCACCUCGCUGUCCUACGAUCAGAUGUGCUCUCGCUGUUAUUAGAGACACAUUCUGACUUUGGUGGCACCGGCUUCAAUGAACCCGACAUUGAUGGCAACAGCCCCCUAACUUAUGCUGCAGCUUAUGGAUGUACCGAGUCGGUGAGAAUUCUUCUCGAGGCCGGAGCAAACCCAUUAAAGGGGGGGCAUCUAGAUUUUAUAGAGUGGGCUUUGAAUUGGAACCACUGGGAUGUGGCAGCCGAAGCUCUCACAUUACUUCGUGCAACCGCACGUGCCUCUGACGGAUUUAUACAAAGUGAACUGCAUCAUCUCAUGUCUGCACGACAGGGUAAUCCAGAGUCGUCCGAGCUUGGUAAGAUGCUUAACCUGGGAGUUGACAAGAACAUGCUAUUCGAGGAUGGCAAGACUUUACUACAUCAUGCUCCAAACUCAGAGUGGAUAGAUCAUUUGUUUGAUGCGGGAUUUCAACAAAUUGAUCAUAGCGACAGUAAUGGCGAGACUGCUUUGAUGACCUUCUUUCCGGAUUGGAGUGGUCAAAUCGCGAACAUCCUGGCCCGAGGGUGUAAUCCAAACUUCUCCACCAAGGCGCAGACACUUCGAUUCAUGACAAUUGCCGUUGCCCUUGUGCUCCUGAUGGAUGCUCUGCAAUUCUUCAGUUGCUUUCUCGACGGGGAUACUACGAUAAGUGCUAUAUAUGGAUAUUGGAAUGUCUCUUAA